AUGUUCCGAGCGCUAAGCACCUCCCUUUCACCAAAACCACCAUGUCUACCGCGAGGGGUAGCUCAACGGGAAGCCCUAGCAUUGAGAUUACAGAAAUCCGCGUUUCAUCCCAGCACAUCCUCAAAUCGGUCCAACUUUCGAUUGGAUCGUUCGACAUUGGACGACAAACCCAGUCAAAGCAGUCAACUUUCGCCUUCAGAGUCCCUCUAUCUGCAAGUCCGAUUCCGCGGAUUGUUUCGUGCUGCGUCGAAGAGCAAGAUACCUCUCGAUGAACUGCUAAGCAAGGUCGGCCCCCACUUCUCCGGAAAACAAGAAUGGUCAAAAUCAUUUGACAAGUUCGAUGUCGUCCUGAAGUUUAGCCGAUACGCAGGGGUGUGUGCACUUCUUCCUCAAACGCAAAAGCGUCCGCCUAAUGCAGGUGCUAUCGAUCUUAGAAUGCUUUAACCAAGGCAGAACCUCCGACGAGUGGCGACCUACAACCCACAACGGAUGAGUUAUUCAAGUUGGUCGAACGGUUCCGAGUCCUGGUCAUCGGCAAAACCGUGGCUCAUUCAGAAGCUGGCGUGUCGGAUAUCAAUACUGAGAUUAUAUCCAGCGAAAAUGGAAGAUUUGUUCUGCACGACAGCAAAGCGUGACUUAAUCAUCCAAUUCCCUGUGUACUUUAUUGUCUAUGUACACAUGCCAUAAUCCAAACAAAAAGAAGCCA